ACCUUUUUUAGUAAUUUUCUUCUACAUAAUACUAGGGCAAUCAGCCGAUACGAAACAGAACCUUGGGCUCCCUCUCGCGCGAAACCCUGGACGCCUUCACUCCCGCCUUGAUCCCGUCCAUUCCUCUGCGCCAUCUGCUGGAGGACGUUCGGUGGCGCCAGAGGAAGGCCUCUGGGACGAUUGGAGGCAACGAAUCCUCGAUGCACCCCGAUCGUCGAUUGAUUCGAGUUGGUUACGAUAUCAUCGGUGUAAUACCAAAAAAAAUGCCAGAGGUUCCAACUUUGUUCUCUCUGUGCGUCCAGGAGAUCGCAAUAGCAGUCUUGGAUGGAUAUGAAUAUGCGCAAGACAUACUUGAACUUCCAUCAGAUUUGGUUGAUUGCAUAAUACUGAACCUACCUCCGCUGGCGUUGCAGAAUAUAUAUGAACUGUCAGUCCAGCUCUCGCUGGCCUUAUGAAAAUGAAUUAACUGUUAUAUUUUGAUGUUUAUGUUAAAAUUUCACCAAUUCCCUUCCAUGAUGCGUCCCUUUCAUUAGUACCACACACACACACUCACACACACACAUAUGGCUUAUUUUAUUUUAUUUUUAUCUGUUUUCCGAAAUAAUAUGCUCAUUUGCUUUCAUAUCCUCUAGGUUUUUUUCUUUUUUUUUUGGCAAAAUACACCAACACACACUCAAGUUUGACAAGUUUGAUUGAGUUACACUUGUACAAUCUCCUCUUUAAAAAGUCUCAAACAUGUUCACUAAGUUAUGUUUCCAUUCCAGUUUGUGCCUUCCAUCCAACUCCCCAAGAUGGGCUUCACUAAAAGACUCAUGUGAUCAUCAUGAGUCUUUAAAAAUGUCUUAAUUCCUAAUAUUCCCUUGUCCUUUUGAGGGUUUAAAUAUCAUGUGGGGAAACUCGAGACCAUGUCCACUUCCACCCCCCAUCUCUCCUUUGAUGACCUUUUCAACCUCUCCCAUGAUGGUACAAGCUUCAUUGUAAGGCAAAGACGAUGUAGUUAGCAGUGCCUAUGGGGCUAAGCUUGUAGGAGAGGUGAGGGCGAGGAUGUGAUGGGUGGAACAAUGGAGGAUGAGGGUGAACAUGUUGACAAACUAUAAGGUGAUGAUAAGGAGGCAGACAUUGGCAUGGUGACAUCCAUCUUUAGUAUUUCCUCCUCUCCAACUCCAUCCUAUGCCCCCCUUAAGAAGGCUUCCCCCAAGCACGCACUCCUUUAGCUGGAGGUGCUAAUCAGGUGGGGUUGAAGGGAUGUCGGUCAAAAAUUUGUCAACGUGAAUCCAACUUAUUUAUUAAAUAGGUCAAAAGUUUAGAUCUGAAUCUGGCCUAUUUAUUGAAUUGGUUACCCGGCCUAACCUAUAUAACCCUUUACUAGACAAAUCGAGUCAAGCUAAACAGGUUAAGUAGGGUUUUAAUGGAUUAAACAGAUAUAAAUGGGUCAAAAUGUUAAACAAGCUAGGUUAAAUGGGACAGAAACAGGUUAAAUAGGAUUUAAAUAGGUUAAAUAUGUAUUAAAUGGGUCAGGUUAUGGUCGGACGCAAUUAUUGAAGAGGUCAAAAUGGUUUAAAUGGACCAAAGAUCUCAACUUGAAUCAACCCAUUUACUAAGCAUGUAUAGAUGAGGAGGUGGUCCAAGUAUAAUUCGGGCAAACUUGAGAGGGUCUUACUGCAUAUAUAUAUAUUUUGGCUAGACUGUUCCAUGAAAGUUUAGUAGCAAAAGAAAAGGGAACAAGGCAAUGAUUUGUACUGGUCAAAAAUAAGUGAUAAGAAUCUCAAUAGACUAGUUAGUAAAGCACUGGAUAUAUGCCAUAGUUUGAGUUUGCAUUUCUGUAGUACAAUCAAUUUCAUUUUGACUGAAUAUCAUUUGAAAUUUUACAAUUAUGUCCUACUCAGGUGCUACAGAACUGCCACAACUCAAAAUGCACCUUAAAUUAUGGGCACCCUUUUUAUUGUUUAAAGUUUGUCUUAGAAAAUGACACUCUUUUUUUUUAUUUUUUCUUUUUUCUUUUAUGGUUAUGUGGCUGGGUGGGGAGAAUCAGAUUGAUUAUAAGAAAAUCAGGUGGUACUUUUCACAAAUUCAUGGAUGUCUAAAAUAUGUAGGGAUUAAACUCUUUUAUUCGAGUAAAAGAGUUGAAGGUGAGAGGAGGUGAUUAUAAGGUUGGGUAAUCAGGUUAGAGUGAGCAGAGGGAGAAAAUGUGGCCUAGCAGUUAACUUUUUGGGUAAAGAGAGGAAGCUUACUACCUGCUCAUUCAUUCUUAUGCUAAUUCAUGGUAAUAUCAUAUGACAGAUCUGUUGAUGGUUGUGGUAAGGGAGGAAUUGCAAGUAAUGGCAUCAAUGAUGGAAGAAAACGUGGUAUGGAGAUUUUAAUACAGCAUGGAAGAUGUUGUUUAAGAAGCGCUGGCCUGAGCACAUCAAGAAGAUUCAACCAAUCAACUGUGUAACAACACAAUACGCUUCUGGAAUGUGCAGCUUGGUGAACCAAAGUGUUGACUGGCAGCAGCUGUACUGGGAAAAGCAUCUUCAGAGUUGCUUAGAUGAUGCUGCAGAGAUAGCCUUGCUUCCUGCUUUUGAUGGGUACAUUGGUGAACUAAGAAUCUCAGAUAGCAUUGUGAAUGCAAUUGGUCAUACUGGGAAUAUAGCUUGUAACUGCUUGAAAUUAUCAUACCAUUGCAACAAAUUUGGGCACUAUGCAAGAUGCCUGAAACUUCAAAAUGUGCUUUGCGUUGCGGAAAUAUGUGAGUUGUUGAGAGGCAGCAAGUUGCAAGCUCUGGUUUUCAGAAGGAUAAUCUCCAGUGCUCAGGUUAAUGGAUUGUGCAUGCUUCUGAACCAGCAUUGGGAGACAUUGCUAUCUCUUGAGUUUAUUUAUUGUCGACUUCCUCCUAAUACCAUCAACCAGAUUUGCAAUUCUAUAUGCAAAGAGGGAUCUCGAAUACAUGGGAUCCAACACCUCUGUGUCAGAUCAUCAACCAUCUUUGAUCGCAAGUCAUCUUCCAUGCCACCUGGUCUUUUAUCUUUUAUAUCAUCAGGAAGGUCCUUGGUCUCACUACAUUUUUGUGAGACUAAGAUGCAACCAAUAUUUGCAACAAUAAUUUUUGAUACUCUCCUCCAGUCUUCAUCUGGUAUAGUGACUCUUGAGAUAUCGGAUAACAAUAUUGCAGGUUGGCUUUCUAAGGUUGACAAGAAAUCCACAGAUUUCUCAUCAUUAUUAGGAUCAAAUUUGUCUUUGAAAUCAUUGAGUGUUCUCAGUCUUAGGGGAAACAAUUUGCACAAGGAGGAUGCUGAAGAACUUAAUCGUAUCUUGGUUCAUAUGCCUAAUUUAAGAAGUUUAGAUUUGAGUGACAAUCCAUUAACAGAUGAUGGAAUCAGGAAUCUAAUUCCAUACAUUAUCAGGGCUCUUGAAAAAGCUCAUCCCCUUUCAGAUAUAAAGAUAGAGAAUUGCAAUCUUUCAGGCAUGGGAGUGUCUGAACUUUUAGGAAACCUCCCGACCUUGAAGGAACCACUUAAAACACUCUCUCUUGCAGAUAAUGACCUUGGCAGUUAUGUAGCAGCACCAUUGGCAAAAUUCUUGGGGAACUCUGGUGUAAGAGUACUUAACAUUGAAGAUAUUGAGUUGGGACCAUUGGGCUUCCAAGAACUUGAGAAAGAAAUGCCUAACAAGAUGGCUCUUUUUGACAUCAACAUAAGCAAAAAUCGGGGUGGGAUCAGAGCUGCAUAUUUUGUUGCCAAAGUCAUUUUACAAGCUCCAGAUCUUGUAUCAAUAAAUGCAGGAGGUAAUAUCAUGCCUCCUGAGUCUGUGAAAGUCAUUUAUGAUGCAUUGAAACAGUCAAAAGGUAAACUGGAGCGAUUGGACUUUACUGGAAACACUCAGUUAUGCCACUCUAGCUACAUUUCCGUGCUUCUGGAAUUUCAUUGCCACGGAAAACCUAUUGUAGUCAUUCCAUCACUGCGAACAACAGAUGCACCCUAUGAUGAUGAUCCAUAGCGGGUCUUUGAAGUCAAAUGGUUGCAAAUUGAGAAAUAUUGAGAGCAGGAUCACCCUUAUCGUAGCAGGGAAGUCAAAAGGUGUGCCCAUCUGGAUGGCGAGGCUUGUUUGAUCAUACAGCAGUGGUGAACUUUCCCCAGGACUGGAAUAAAUUUUUCAGUCAACAGGGCCCAUUGAAGUUAUUGUUAAUUCUAUUUAGCUGGAUGUUCAGGCGCUGAUUCAACUUAAUUUACUAUGCAGAAAGCUCACAUGGACUUUGGUAUAUGCAAUCACAAAAGAAGAUGAGCUUAACGGAUGGCCGGGCAAUCAGUUUGUAUGACCCAUUAGCAAUGAAUGAGGAACAUGAUAGAGUAUGGAAAGGCUUACAUGUACAAGUAUUCACCGGUAUGGGAAGAUUAGAAUUUAGUCUUUGAUAGGGCCGAUAUUGUUUAGAUACUACAGAACAUAAUGUAUUGCUUGGCCUCAAUCUGGAGGAUUUUUUUUUUUUAAUUAAAGAAAAAAGAGACUAGCAAACAUAAAAUGCUGCAAGAAAGAGAAGUAGCAGAUACCAAGUAGUUCAUCUGUAUCAAACUUGGUUAUCUUUGUAGAAGGGGGGAUGGAUAUUUGGGUGUGCAAUUUGCUAAAGUUAAGCAAAGCAAGCAUCCAGCUAAUCAAGAUGUGAUGAAUAUCAUAGCUAAAUUUAAUGGCAAUUGCAAAUCGCAUGUGGCAAUUGUUGAGCUGUACUGCAGGGAAUUCUAUGAAAUAUCCUUUAUUUGUUUAUUUAAUUGU